AUGAACAAAGAAUUUUCAGAACGUUUACUUAAAAAUAUUCAGCAUGAGAAGGAACAAGAUGUGAAGGCUAUUGCAACGAAUUUAAAAUCUCUACCCUUGCAGAAGCUUGUCAGUAAUGGAUUGGCUAUCAACAACUUAGCAUUGGAGAAUAUUAGAAGUGGUCUCGCAGGGAAAAUAUUCGUUGAAUUGACAGUUAAUCAUGCUAUAAAUACUGAAAUAGCAAGAGGCGAUAUAAAAGCUGGUGAUAUUGUUUCUAUAAGACCAUCGACAAGUGGUAAGGAGAAGGCGAAAUCAAGAGGUAAAAAUAGCUUUAUAGAUUUAGAUAAUUCUGCCGAUGGCAUAGCUUUGGAAAUAGUAGGGACUGUGUAUAAAAUCACAGACCAACUUUGUUCCAUAACAAUUGAAGAGAAAGAUGAAGAAGAUGCAAUGAAACUUUAUUCUUUUCCAAAAUUAUACAUUAUAAAGACUGUCAAUACUGUCACUUAUAAACGAAUGGAAUCUACUUUACGUAAAUUAGGUGAAUUUGAAGGAACCCCAAACAAUAAUAUUAUUCAAUACUUGCUUCAGGACAGACAGUUCAUCAAGCAAACUCCAAAGAGCGACAUAGAGUUUAAUAAUAAAGCAUUAAAUAAAUCACAAAAGGAUGCAAUUGCAUUUGCUAUGGCGAAUGAUAUUAGUAUUAUACAUGGCCCACCAGGCACAGGUAAGACUUAUACAUUGAUUGAAUUAAUUCAACAAUUAGUUGCAAAGGGUGAACGUGUGCUAGUUUGUGGCCCAUCGAAUAUUGCAGUUGACACUAUUUUGGAAAGAUUAGAUAAGGUUUUACCUGGCAAUGUGUUGUUAAGAAUUGGGCAUCCUGCUCGUUUAUUAGAAGCUAAUUUGGCACAUUCAUUAGAUAUUCUAUCAAGAAGUGGAAAUGCUGGAGAAAUUGUUAAGGAUAUAGAUAAAGAUAUAGAUAAAACUAUCUCUGAUAUUAAAAAAAUGAAGAAUUAUAAAGACAGGAAAGAAGCUCGGAAAUUAGUAAAGGACUUGAGAAGGGAAUUAAGAACAAGAGAAAAGAAAGUCAUCUGUGAUAUGAUAUUAGAAGCAAGAGUGGUCGUUGCAACUCUUCAUGGAGCCGGUUCAAGAGAGUUAUGUUCGGUAUACGAUCAAGUUCCGAAACUAUUUAAUACCUUAAUAAUUGACGAAGUAUCACAAAGUCUAGAACAACAAUGUUGGAUCCCAUUGAUUUCUCAUUAUAGAUCUGAUAUUUCAAGGUUAGUUUUGGCAGGAGAUAAUAAACAAUUACCACCUACAAUUAAAACAGAAGAUAAUAAAAAAAUAGCCGACCAAUUAAGUACCACACUUUUUGAUAGAUUAGUUAAAGUGUAUGGCGAUCAAUUCAAAACAUUACUUAACGUUCAGUAUCGUAUGAAUGAGAGCAUAAUGGAAUUUCCUUCUACUGAAAUGUAUAACGGGCAAUUAAUCGCAGAUAGUUCAGUUAAAACUCAAAUUCUAUCAGACUUGCCUGGUGUUGAUGCUAAUGAUGAAACUUUGGAGCCAUUGAUUUGGUAUGAUACACAAGGUGACGAUUUCUUGGAACGAGCAGAUGACGAUAAUGAAAUAAUUGCUUCUAAAUACAAUGAAAAUGAAGCAUAUCUGGUAAAAAGUCAUAUUUUGAAAUUAUUAGAAAGUAAUGUUCCACAAUCUGCAAUUGGUGUGAUUUCACCAUACCGUGCACAAAUUUCCUUUAUUAAGAAACUUAUAAGAGCAGAAUAUCCAGGAAUUGAAAUUUCAACCGUUGAUGGUUUUCAAGGAAGAGAAAAAGAAGUGAUUAUUUUAUCACUUGUUAGAAGUAAUGAUGACUACAAAGUUGGUUUCUUAAAAGACUCUCGCAGAUUAAAUGUUGCUAUUACGAGAUCAAAAAAACAAUUAUGUGUGAUUGGGAAUAUGGAAACGCUGGAAAGAAGUAAAUGUAAAUUCUUAGAAGAAUGGGUUAAAUGGUCAAGCGACAACACUGAUCUACGUUAUCCUGAUGUAGGAGAGCUACUUUAA